AAUGGACAAACUGGAUCUGACGAAGGGCCAGGUCAUUCUGCUGGAACUGGAUGAUGAAUGCGUCAUCGGAGAAGUUCUGCACUUUGGCGGAAAAAAGUCCUUCGUUCGACUGAAGAACGUCCGGGACUUCCAGAGUAAUGUUCCCAUAGCUGGCAAUCAGGACUACUACAGUUCGGAAAUUCACAGCAUCAAAAUCAUCCAGGAUUGCCAACCAGAAGAAUCGGACGGACCGCAGGGAUCGACCCCUGCCAAGUCCACCGCUUCCGACUGCAUCACUCGGAUCAACCUGGAAGACAUACAGGAAAUCUACGACCGUAUCGAUAAUCACAUCUUCGUGUUCCAAACCGACAUGAAGUACCACGACGCCAUCAAAUACCUUCGGACGCAGAAACUUCUUGCCAUCGGCAUGGAGGGCGUUGAAGGUGGACGUCACUCGCCGUCUCCGUCUCUGCUGUCUGUGGCCACACCGGAGCGGAUCUAUGUGUUCGAUGUGAUGUGGAUGAACGUGCCGAAAGAUUUGCGGGCAAUACUGGGCGAUCCGAAAGUGCGUCGUGUGGCGCAUAACGCACGGUUGGUGGAGGACGUGCUCAAGCAUCGGUACCAGGCACCGCUGGGGAAGUGCUUCGACACGCUGGUGAGUACCUAUUAUAAUUCAAAGCUAUACUCUACCACUAGGACCACAUACAUACAUACAUUUAUUUGCUCAAUAUAACAUUUGAGAUAAGAC